UAUGGUCCAAAAAAAGAGAAUGGGAUGACCCAAACUUGCCGCCUGAUCUUUAUGCUGCCUGGAACACCUGGGAAAGUGAGUUACAGCAUCUUAGUGUGAUAACCAUUCCUCGCUGUUAUUCAUCAGUUCCCAACAAUGCUCACCAAAAGUAUGACCUCCAUAUAUUCUGUGACGCAUCUGAGAGAGCGUAUGGGGCAGUAGCUUACUUGGUAGAGGCCACCGAAGUUGUCAUUCAUACUUCCUUUGUAAUGGCUAGAUCGCGAGUUGCUCCCAAGAGGCAACAGUCCAUGCCUCGCUUGGGAUUAUGCGCAGCAUUGGCAGGAGCACAGUUAGCAAAGCUUUUGAAUGACGAACUCACUCUUACCAUCCAGCAGACAAUUCUCUGGACAGAUUCUACAACUGUGUUAGAGUGGCUUCAGUCAGAUUCUUGUAGGUUCAAAGUCUUUGUUGGAACACGAGUCUCAGAAAUACAGGAGUUGACAGAGCACAGUGUUUGGCGCUACGUGGACUCGCAGCAGAACCCAGCAGACGAUAUCACAAGAGGUAAAUCACUCUUAAGUUUUACUGGGCCUGGUCGUUGGAGUCAGGGGCCAUCAUUUUUAAAAUUGGGUCAUGAGCACUGGCCAAAGAGACCUGAACAGGUAAAGUCAGAAGAGCUACCUGAACUGAAAGGUUUUACUGCUGCCUCACCAUUAUGGACCCAGAUCAAACCCUUCCAGAUGUUACUCAGUUCAGCACAUGGAAAGAGUUAGUGGAGGCAACUCAACAGACAUGUCGAAAGGUAACAGAUGAUUCGGAUAACACCCAGCUCAUAGAUCACCGUGAAGCAGAAUUGCUACUACUGAGAGAGUGUCAAGCUCAGAGUUUUCCUGAGGAAAUAACAGCUCUUAAAACACACAAACAUAUACCAAUCCACAGUCGACUAACAUGUCUUGCUCCAGAGUGGGAUCCAGAGACUAAUGUACUCAGAGUUGGAGGGCGAUUACGGAGACUGGAAAGCCCAAGUGUGGAACAAAUUCAUCCAAUGGUGCUAGAUCCACAGCAUCCAGCAACAAAGCUUCUCAUUAAAGACUUUGACGAGCGCUUGUUGCACCCGGGUACAGAACGAGUGUAUGCAGAAAUAGGUAGGCAAUACUGGAUCUUACGAGGACGCCAAGCUGUUAAACACCACCAGCUUAGCUGUGUAUCCUGUCAACGAUGGCGAGCGCAGCACAAGGUACCACCAAUGGCAGAUUUGCCGCCAGAGCGGCUCAGGCUUCUCUGCCCACCAUUUUAUUCUACAGGAGUGGACUGUUUCGGCCCGUAUCACGUUAAAAUAGGCAGAAGGAUUGAGAAACGUUGGGGUGUCAUUUUCAAAUGCCUCACCACAAGAGCUGUCCACAUAGAGCUUCUCAACUCCAUGGAUGUGGACGCUUUCCUGCUUGCUCUCCGGCGAUUCAUAGCCAGACGUGGCAGACCAAAGGAGAUCAGGUCCGAUUGUGGCACAAACUUUCGUGGUGCUGAACGAGAACUGCGAGAAGCCUUUGCAGCUAUGGAACCCCAAUUAAAGGAGCAAUUAGCCGAUUACCAGAUCCUCUUCAAAUUCAAUCCGCCUAAUGCUCCUCAUUUUGGUGGUGUUUGGGAGCGAGAGGUCCGCUCCAUUAAAGCUGCUCUCCAAGUGGCAGUUGGAAGCCAGUCUGUCUCUGAAGAUGUCCUGUCUACAGUUUUAGUGGAGGUAGAGUGCAUUUUGAAUUCAAAACCCCUUGGAUACGUCUCAGCAGAUGUUGCAGACCUCGAUCCCAUUACACCAAACCUUCUCCUCAUGGGGCGGCGGGAUGCAUCACUUCCGCAGGUGGCAUAUGCCUCAGGAGAAAUGGGGCGGCGCAGAUGGCGACAUUGUCAAAAUCUUGUGGACCAGUUUUGGUAUCAAUUUACAAGGAACUACUUACCUGUACUUCAGACACGCCAGAAAUGGCACAAACCAUCUGACAAUUUGGCAGUAGGCUCAGUGGUCUUGAUAAUUGAUCCACAACUUCCCAGAGCUCAGUGGCCUAUUGGUAAAGUGGUAAAGACUGUGGUCAGUAAGGAUGGAUGUGUGAGAACAGCAGAUGUCCUUGUCAAGGGCAAAGUGUACACAAGGCCAGUUGCCCGCCUGAUUCUGUUGCCAGCUUUUGAGGAUGAUACUAAAGACUCUUAAAGAAUUCAUUUACUUGCACAUUUACUGCUCAAAUGUGGGGGCGGCUGUUGUGAAUUCUUUAUGGUUUUUCUCUUAUUGUCCGUAAUUUAUUCUGCUAAUGUGUUAAGUUACGGAAGAUGCGCUAUACGUAGUUUGAAGCAGAUACAAUUCUAACGUAAGUGAGGUAUUCUCUGCUACGCAAGCACAGCAGCCGGAGUGUUGUAGCUGGAGUUUCAUAGCGUGUGCAGACUUUCCACUCGUGUGCAACAUCCUUGAGUGCAAGUUAAAGUUACUGACAAAAAACUACCUCAGUUGUAUACUGUCAUGUGUACAAGGUUGAAACUUGCACAAAAUAAAAGUGGAAACGAAAUCUGAUGACUCCUCCCUGAUCAGAGUACUGAAGUGGUUAACACCAUUAAAA